GUUGAUUGUUGAUUUGAAACACACACUGUCAGAUAAUCAGGACUAAUGAUGUUAAUGAUUAAACUGAUUUUCAUUCAGUGAUAAUUGUUUUUAGUGGUAACAAUCAAUUGAAUAACAACAAUAUUGAUAGUUAAAACUAUGAAUCUACAAAAUAAACUAAUUAACUUUGGUUUCAUCUCAGUCUGGUCACUAAUUUAUAUCGCUUCUUGUCAAGAUAAAUCAGGAUCAUUAACUACUCUACGAAAUGAUUUACUGAAAAACUAUUAUCGAUACAAUCGUCCGGUUAAACAAUCGACUACAACUGUUAAUGUGACCUUUCAAUUUGUUUUAUCGCAGAUAAUUGAUGUUAAUAUUGAAACUCAAACUUUCCGUGUUAAUGGAUUAGUAAGAUUGUGGUGGAAAGAUGAAUACCUGGUUUGGGACCCUGUCAAAUAUCCAGGAAUCAAUUAUAUAUCAUUUAGAUCAGAUGAAAUUUGGACUCCUGACUUUAAACUGCUUGAUUCCGCCAUUGGUAGUGAUCCAUUGGAUAGUCUAUUUAUAAGGGUUCAAAACGACGGUCGAGUGUUUCAGCUUUUGAAUGCCGAUCUUUUGGUCAACGCUGAUCUUGAUUUGACUAAUUAUCCUUUCGAUUCUCAAUCGUGUAUUCUACAGUUUGGUUCAUACUUUUAUAGAACUGACGAAGUUGAAAUACUUAAACAGACGCGAUUCAUCAGUGGCCCAUGGUAUCAAAGUCCUGAAUGGAUUGUAGAUCACAUUGAAGGCGAUAUUUACUCACAACGUUCAAAUUUCGCCAAUUUUUCAACAGCUUAUUUUGAUAUUCAAAUUACUCGUCGAAUGGAUAUUCACGUUUAUUACAUUUUAUUACCUUAUUUAACUGCUUCUCUUCUGGGGCUGGUUGUAUUUCUCUUACCAAUUGGAUCGUAUUAUCGAAUGGUCUUUGCUGGACUUUCUCUCUUCAUUUUAGUCAUUAUUCUCGUUUUUCUUGCCGAUCAUUUGGGUUUCCAUUCAGCAGGAGUUCCUUAUACAGUUCGUUGCAUUAGUAUCCUAUUGCUUUUGAUUGGAAUCUCAUUGAUUGUCACUACUUUGACUCAUCAACUCAUCAUGAAUGCAAUGGUCACUUGUCCACCUCUUCCAAGUUUUCUGGCUCAUCAUUUGGCUAAUCCGUUCUUAGUGAAGAUUUUAUGGCUUUCAGGAGAUAUAAUGGACGCAAAACCUUUCGAUGCAGAAUCAAACCUAGAUGAAUUCACGACUAAUCAGCUUCGAUCAAGUUCUUACGCUGCAGUUCGUGAAUGGGUUAGACUUUUACGACUAAUUGAUCGUCUUCUUUUUCUCACUUACAUCGUCUCUUUGAUAUUCUAUCACGGAUGCUAAAAAUCAAUCCAACAAAAUAUGUAAUCACUGAUGUAUCAAUGAUCAAUAAUUAAAAAUCCAAUCAAAACAGAAUCACAACUCAGCUAAACCCACCGAAUAAAAAAACAAAACCAUACUCACCAAAAAUACUCUACA